GUGCAAAACUGAGGACCAAUAAUACUUUUUCGGAAUCUCACCGCAAAGGAGGAGGCAAAACUGAAGCUUUCGUGGUGUCGUCGUGUGAAGCUCGCCUGAGCUGUAAGCCUGGUCGAAGAAGAGGGAGGCGGGCGGGCAUCGAUCACGUGUGCGGAGGAAGAACAACAGGUUGUCGUGUGAAGCGUCCGAUCUUUUUCUUUUUUAACUCUUGUAAGAUUUAACGGUGAAAAUGAGUGACGGCUGGAUGAUGUUAAGACACUAGACUGAAGAAUUUCCCCCCUCGACCCGACAAAUCAAGCCCCUUGAAGCUUCCGUCGUCGAUUCCCAUAAACAAAUGUAAAUGUUGGUUCGUGUAAUCUCCGCAGCCCCCAAUGCUCCGAGCUGUUGGACUAUUCAGCAGAUCCUCCUUGGAAGCUCCGACCCUCUUCUCUUCCCUCCCUCAUCAGAUCCAUUUGCCGAACCCCCGGCUGGCACUGGCGCUGGCGGUGCCCCCUCAGAUCAGAACAACAAUAUUUGCAGGGUUCAUGAUCGGGAAGAGGACAAUAAUGGCUGCUACUUCCACCACUGCGUCGCCAAAGCUGCUAUUCCGCCAGCUCUUUGAGAAGGAUUCCUCCACCUACACUUAUCUCCUCGCCGAUGUUUCUCACCCCGAUAAGCCCGCUCUCUUGAUUGACCCGGUGGACAAGACAGUGGAAAGGGAUCUCAGUUUGAUCAGGGAUCUGGGGUUGAAACUCGUUUAUGCUAUGAACACUCACGUACAUGCCGAUCACGUAACUGGAACUGGCCUCAUUAAGACAAAGAUGCCAGAGGUGAAAUCCGUCGUCUCCAAAGCCAGCGGAGCUAGAGCUGACAUUCUGAUUGAACCCGGUGAUAAAAUCUCCAUCGCUUCUCUCUUUCUUGAGGUUCGUGCUACUCCUGGUCAUACGUCCGGCUGUGUGACGUAUGUAACUGGAGAUGGUCCUUCUCAACCUCAACCAAGGAUGGCAUUCACAGGUGACGCUCUACUAAUACGCGGAUGUGGGAGAACAGAUUUCCAGAGCGGGAGCCCACAACAACUCUACAAGUCAGUGCAUUCACAGAUAUUCACUCUGCCAAAGCCCACGCUGCUCUAUCCUGCUCAUGAUUACAAGGGUUUCACUGUGACUACUGUGGGGGAGGAAAUUCAAUACAAUCCUCGCCUGACAAAGGACGAGGAGACGUUCAAGCACAUCAUGGAGAAUCUUAACCUCUCAUACCCGAAGAUGAUGGACAUAGCUGUGCCUGCAAAUAUGGUUUGUGGGCUCCAAGAUCUGCCUUCAAAAGCCUCCUCAUAAUUUUUGCCCAUCGAUAGUGUUGUGUUGUAUUGCAAUGUCACAUAAAUAGGAAAUAAAAGGGAAAUUUGCGGGAUAGAGACAAUGAUGAGACGACAAACAUGAUACAAAAGUGUGUAAUGAUAUGGUACCAUACGACCAUACGAGUGAGCGCUGAGAGUAGGGACUCUCAAUCCCAAACAGUAUCGACUGCUGUGCAAUGAAGAUAGAUGUGCUGUUGAACUUCGUAUAAGUGCUGGUACUUUGCAUGUUCAUCAGUAUUUUUGCUGAAGUUUGAGGAAGUUGCUGUUUCGAGUCUGCUCCGCAGGCUGCAGCAAGGAUUGAUUGGAUCGGGACAUUAUAAAUAAUGGUGGGGGCAAUGGUAUUUUGCC